AUGGGCUUCAAGAAAGUACCUGAUAGGGGAUCGGAUGAGGAGUUUCCCAAUGUUCGGGAGGCCUCCUGGUCUAGUGGGGCCAAGAAACGAAAGAGAGGGCGGCCGAGGAUCCACAAACUUCCUGCAGAAUCAUCAUCAACAAACCUCCCUCAAACAACGACUUACUCUUUCCAAAACCAUGAACACAACAUUCUGGAAGAAGAAAUACCUCAUUAUCCGGGAGAUCUAACUGAUCAGCAGGUACUUGAUAACCUGAGACAGCUAGAUGACGACAGAACGGGAGGAAAGUCUCAAAAUGAUUACCUGAGGGAAUGGCUCCCGAAACGAGAGGUGUAUCUUGGAACAAUGAUUGGAGGAGAAGCCCCGGAUCCGGAUCUGAAUGGACGGUGUCAGCAAUGUCAAGGAAUGUCUGGAGUGUGGAGAUGUUGCCAAUGCUUUGGCUCUAGAAUUUUGUGUUCUGAAUGCCUGCGAAGAAACCAUCAAUUUACACCUUUCCACCGCGUUGAGAAGUGGACGGGUCUAUAUUUCCGUCCGGGAGCUCUGUGGGAAGUGGGUGUCAAGUUGUAUUUGGGUCAUAAUGGGAAGCGGUGUCCUUAUCCCACGGAUCCGAGCCAUCUAGGAUGCGACGGCGGAAACAAUUCAUCCGGGAGUCAUGGGCACGGCGGAAACAAUUCGCCCAUCUUUGAGGAUGAACACGGAUUGGACCUGGAUCCGCUUCCUGCGAGCAAUGACCAAGAAUCCUUUACGGCUCAGCUUCUGGCGGACCCGGAGGUACCCCAUUUGGUUGAGCUGGACGAUGGAGACGAUGAAAAUGAUGAUCUAUUCGAGGAAGUCGAUACAACCUAUCUGGACCAACCUCGUCCAAAGGCAGCAGACAACAAUGGAAUUCCUUUCAAGGCAAUUGUGCACACCUCCGGAGUCCAUUAUCUGCCCGUGCGAACAUGCACAUGCCGGUCCGUCCGCCUUCCGUCUAUCGAUUUACAGUAUCUGGAGAUGGGAUUAUUUGCAGCCAGCUUUGAAAACGUUCAAACUGUGUUCACAGUUGAGGUCCUUGAGGACUUUCGGAUGGACAACCUCGAGUGCAAAACGUCGGCUUAUCAGUAUUACCAAAAGUUGCGAAGACUGACUUCGCCAGCGUUUCCAAAAAAGGUGCUGAACCGCUAUCGUGAAUUGAGAAGGCUUAGUAGAGAAUACAGGGACCUUGUCCUGAGACGACAAUACGGAGAAGGGCAUACAAGAGAAGCGGUGGUCCCUUACUAUCAUCAUUGCCAUGAUUCAUCACCAGAGAGGAUGGGUAUUAAUGUAUCUGAUCCAAUUGAUGGCGGAUCUGAUAGUCCGUCUCAAGAAGUCGGAAUGUCAACGGACCCGUCUCUGGGACACGGCGGAUUAGAUGGUCCGCCUGCACCACAAAUGACGCGGACCGAGGAUCAUCCCAAAGUUGAAGAUAGGAGAGGGAAGUUGGCCUUAUUCUGCCCCGCCUGUCCACAGCCUGGAAUAAACCUACCUGAUACCUGGAUUGAUGAUGCUGACAGCAAUCUGUACAUACGUAGUUAUGUUGCAGAUGGUAAUUUCAAAGCAGAUCACCUCAAUCAGAAAAACGAGGGAGACGAUGUUUGGUUGAGCGUUGGAGAAGGAUACAUGACUGCUCCGGGCCCAUACAAGGAGCACAUCAAGGAAGCAAUUUCUCUUGCUCCACGUUAUAAACGGGAACAAACAUGUCAUAACUACCACGCCCAGAAAGCUGAAAACAGAGUCAGCCCGGGUAAGAGAGUACGUGGAAUUGGGGCACACGCUUGCGCUAGGCACGGAUGCUUCUGUCCAUCCAGCGUUGUCGAUUUUGACAAAGGCGAAAAGCAGAUGCACAUGGAUUGGUCUUUGACUCAGGCCAGGGAAACUACCAACACACAGGGAAUCACAAAACAUUUGGAAAUCUACGAUAUAAACUGUCAAUAUUGCAUUAACUUGGCAAGGCGUCUCUCAGAGUCCACAAAAAUGCAUUGGCCACCUUCUGUUAAAAUGAUUUUUGCAAUUGGUUUAUUUCACGUCCACGGGCACAAGACGGAAUGUCUUUACAACUACGCAUCCACCUAUGUCCCGGGUGUGGGAAUCAUUGACGGAGAAAUCCUGGAGCCGUUGUGGUCCGUGUUAAAUGACACAUCCCGGAGUACACGUUCCGCUACCACUGCCCAUCGAGCAGAGGUUUUGGACGACCACAUGGGGGAUUCCAACUGGAAGAAGACCAUUAAUAUGGCUGCAACAAUUGCUGCAAAGUUCAAACGGGCACGGGAACAGUCCGGAAUCACAGACCGAUUUUAUAGGGGUAUCACGGAUCAACAAGAUUCCGGGCUCAUCAACACUUGGGAAGAUGAAAUUUCAAAAGCAGAAGCGGACCGAGAACAAGGUGUGGCCGACGCUGUUGGCAAGGUAAUGGCAAGCAAAGUGAAAACGGCUGCUGGACGCCAAGAAAUUGAAUUGCAUCUUUCAAAUAUGGAACUUACAUCUAAUGGUGCUACUGGAAAGGCAGCAUGGAUAUCAUCCGGCUUAAAACUGGAGCAAGCGCAAUUGGAGCUCAGGGACCAUGUCAGAAAGCUCGGAAAGCAUCCUUCCACCGCGCAGAAACUUGACUUGGUCAAUAAACGUCGCUCCAUGCGGACCCGCGUUGAAGCCUUCUGUCGAUCCGCUAUGACCUUCAUGGGCAAAGAUGUCUUGGAGGAUAUUCAAGGGGACAUCGCUCCCAUACUUGACUAUGAAGUCAGUGACAACGACGAUCCUGAUCUUGGAAAUGUCAACAUUACCCGCGCGGAUCCGGAACGACAGCCGCUUCCGUUUCCCUCCGCCGUCAAACAAGAUUUCUUUGACGGCCUUGACGCGGGAACAAACCUCAUUUUAAAAGGGCUUCGCAAACUUGAACUUCAAAUAAGACAUGGCCACGCAGAGGACUGUCUGGAAGCGGUCCGGUCAGCCUUGAUCCAGCUUUCUUGGCAGUAUAAAUAUCAGGUUCGGACCGCCGACUCCGUCUAUAUGGGGACUCGUGCUUGGGAUGGCGUCAAGCUUUUGAAUGCUUCCUGGAAAUUGCACCGGCGACUCUACAACACAAACCGUCAGAAGAUGAUCUAUUUAUCUGCUGGCGUGCGAGACGAGGAUAAUAUUCGGAAACAAUAUCCCAUUCUGCAAGUCCAUGAUUGCAAGCAUAGUAAUGCCGUGUCGGAUCCGAACAUUCGCGGAGGAAGCUCGGACCGUCUAAGUUGGAUUUGGAGAUCCCGUCAGGGCCUGGACAAUGAUAAUCAAUUAUACGUUAAUGAGUUCUUUAGGCUAAACUGGCUCCGCGCGCGAGCUCAGAGGAAUAGAUGGCAAGAGGAGCUGGCCUUGACAAAAAAGGAAAUGGAAUGGACUGUCAGAUUUUAUGUGUAUAUGGCAAAGACAUGGCGUGCACGGCAUGAUUUUGUUCCUGACAGGUUAGUUGGUCACAGGGCAAAUGCUCAAAAGCAGAUUGCCAUGUGGAAUGAUCUGGGGCGGGCCGCGGAUAAGGUCUUCCGUCAAAUUAACCCGGAGUAUCCGUCCGUGUGGAGAUUUAUAAUUACAGAUUAA